CAGGGAUGGCGCGAGUUUGAAUCGCGCGGGCUAGAAAAGACGAACUGGCGACACUGUUGCUUAGCUUGCGAUUCUGGGCUUGGCCAGCUCGCGGGUAGCGACACGCAGGCAGACGUGUCAGGGCCUUCGACAGCACCACAUCUGGAGUUACGCAGCCUUUUGGAACCCCCCAUAAUGGCCAAUCGUCAGAGGGAGUCUGCUUUUCAUAUUUAUGAGACGCCUCAGGAAUGUGCACGAGACGUGUCACCCUCCCGGAUGGAGUCGUCUCGGGAAUGCAAACGAGAUCCGUCGCCCUCGCUGGGGGAAGAGGCACACAGAUGGGGAAGGGGGUACCGUCUUGACACUGGGAGUGUUCAUGACUCAACGUCUGAAACAGACAGUAUCAGCAGUUAUUCCAGUCUGAACUCUGCCGGGGCACUUGACCGAUCAAUGGGAUACGAUUUGAGCUGGCCACGUUUUUCGCCUGGAAUAUCACAUGAAGUGAUCGGAGAGCGUAGCACGUCUGACCCACAGCAGAUACCUGCUGUGGAGCGACAGACACAUCAAGAGGCACCGAAGAAUGAUUUUUGGUGUGUCGUGUGCGGGGAGUUCCAAAUAAAUGAGUACAUCCUGAGGAAGCAUAUGAAAAAGCGUCAUCUGAAAAAGAAGGAGAGAAAAGGCACUCACAGUAAGCAGUCUUUGAGACAAAGGAUGACGUCAUUUUUCGGCAGGCUCUUCGUGCACGGACAGAAGAAUGACAAGAAAAAGGAUGAUAAUGAAAGAAAGGAAACCGACAUCUCUGAUGUAAAGGCGGAGAUGUCCGAACAAGCAGAUCAACAUGCUUUCACAGAACAGAGGCAGAAAGUUCAGCCAUCGAAAGAAGAGGUGCGUGGGCAGGCUGGCGCGCUACCUGUCAAGCGGCCCGGCACGCCGGUGGUGGCACAGCGAAGGGCUCCUGCCCAGCUGGAGGACGCGCGCCGCGAGCUGGACGAACUGUGGGGGCGCGGCAAGAGGACGCCAUCGGCGGGGAGCAGCAAGGCUGGCAGCGAGCAGACUUCUACCAGCAAGCUGAAGACUCAGUCGUGA